AUGGAAACCGCCAGGCAGAUCAUUAGCUCUCCGGUUAUACACACCAAGCAGGCGGCUAUGCUGAACCUGACGGCGCGCGUCUGGUAUGAAGCCGCAGGCGUAGAAACCCUCAGCCUCUUUAACCAGGCUCAGACGUCCACAGACCUCGAACCCUUCCUUCAACGCCUUUUUUCAUGGGUUGCCAACCAACAACCUCUGGCAGCAUUACCCCAUAUCCUGGCUUUACCUUCAUCACCGUUGCGCGAACGCCUGUUUGUCAACGUCGCCUACGGCGUUGACGUGAAAGACGUCGAUGCCAUCAUUAAAAUAAUUGACGACCUGCCUGUUGAUGAACGGGGUCGUGUGGCGAGUAUCGCGGGCGAGGCAUUGGCACGCAAAGCACCUGAGCGUGCGUUGCUUUGGGCUGACACACUCACCGAUGCCCAGGCCGCUAGAAUACUUAAAACAGCACUGCGAUUGAUUGCCGACACUGACCCGCUACGCGCCAUCAAUCUCGCCAAACGCAUGAGCGACAAACAUAGCGUCGAUGUCAUCAGAAAUGCGCUAGCAGUCCUAUCAAGUACCGAUCCACUAGAAGCGAUUACACAAUACGAACAGUUACCCGACUCAUGGUGGAAAAGUCGAGCGCUGUUGGGACUGGUCAACGGCUGGGGUGCAAAUGACCCCGCAGCUGCAGCAAACUGGCUGGCCUCGGUUGACACCCCCCCGGGGCAGGAAAAUCUAAUGACCACGCUGGGACGCCUAUGGGCUCAAAGUGAACCCCUUGCCGCCGCGGACUAUCUAUCGCAACUGCCUGAACACACCCGUUUGGCCUGGUUGAAAGGCAUUGUAAGAGCAACGUCAGAUAAGGCACCCGAGGACAAUCUUGAGUGGAUACAGCGUUUUCGGGACGAAAAGUACUUUCCUCAGCUGCUCACCUACUCCAUGGAAUCUCUGUAUCGCCAGAACCAUAGCGUGGCCCUGGGUUAUGUCAUGGCCAUGGAUGAAGUGAAUCGGAACAUCGCACUACCUGGCUUGAUCAGACGGACCGCGAGCAACGAUGCUGCACUGGCUGCAACCUGGCUUCCGGAGAUCACCGACGCCAGCUAUCGCAAAGCGGCAACGGAAACCGUGGUCGAUAACUGGAUAAAACAUGACCUGACCGGUGCAGAACAAUGGAUUAACGAUUUACCCGAAGGAGACAUCAAAGACACUGCCCUUGCAUCCAUGAUGAUUCAUGGUGGCGCAGCGGAAAAUGUAUCUCUAGCCGCAAACAUCAAAAACCGAGAGACACGCCUCGCCGCUUACCUGGGCAGCACCAUGCCGUAUUAUUGCGCGAAGAUUUCAGUGUCUUUUCUGCAACAGAUACCGCUCAACCCGGAACAGUGGCGCUCGGUUGAAACGCGACUGCGUCUGACCCUCAUCUACUGGAUUCUGUGUUAUCGGUGGUUAAACCUGAUCAUCACGCCGGCGCGGGUUGAUCAGGUGAUUCUCACGCUGGGACUGGUCGGUGCGCUUUUCCUGGUGCUGUAUGUGACUUUUCUGGGUUCCGACGGCGACACUUACCGCACUUUGCGCCGCUAUGGCACGGUGGUGUUUUUCGGCUUCACCUUCCUUGCGCAACUGUUGUUCGCCAAGCGCAUCAUCGAUGCUGAAAUCAGUUCGCCGAUGGUGCGCUGGAAGUAUCGAAUGGCCAUAUUCAUAUGA